CUCCCGCCGGCUCCGCUCCGCUCCCGGUCGCAGGCCGAGCCCAGCCCGGCGGGCUCCGGGAGGGGCGGGCAGGGCGCGAGGGGGAGGAGAUCUGUCUGGAGCCAGCGAGCCCGGCGGAGGAAGAGGAGGAGGAAGGAGGGGAAGCCGCCGCCGCCGCCGCCGCCGCGCUCCGGGGACCUGGGAGCGCGCGCUCCGCUCGCCGGAGACGGGGGCGCCCCCCGGCCCGCACCCGGGCCCAGAUUUCCAGCUAAUCCACUGGUGUGUUGCUGCCCGAGCCAGGAUCACAGCCUCUGCUGGGUAGAAUCUCUGGCUUCCCCCAUUCACUCGCGCCGAAAUUACCACUUAUCACGGAUACCACUGCUGCUGAUCUGGCGUCUGCCUGGGUGACCGUGUACUGUUCUCUGGGUCCUGGAACACGGAGAAGACGUGCAUGACCCCUGCAGGGAGGAGUCCACCAGCCCGUACUGCUCCCACGUGCUGCGUCACCGGUGGGCCCUAACCCGAAGGACCACGGAGCCGGAGGCGCGGGGCGGAGCUGUCCAGACGUCCAGACGCCCAGGCCGAUGGGGGAGGCGGCCCUGGCCCCGGCAGGAUGACCGGGGGCCUCGGGCCGUGAGGGAGGCGGCCGGCUCCCAGAACUUGCGCGACGCCACCAUGCGGUCUGGGACAGGACACCCCUGAGAGCGCCGGCCGCCUCCCCACCUGCCCCUCUGUCCCCCCAGCCGGUCCCCCCGGGCAGGCAGCGCGGGGUCUCCCGCCAAGGCCGUCCCCAUGGCCGGGUGCCGGUGGGGCGCGCUGUGGGUGUGCGUGGCGGCGGCCAUCCAGCUGCACGGGGGCGGGCUGGCGCACGGUGACUGCUGGCUGAUCGAGGGUGACAAGGGCUUCGUGUGGCUGGCCAUCUGCAGCCAGAACCAGCCGCCGUACGAGGCCAUCCCGCAGCAGAUCAACACCACCAUCGUGGACCUGCGGCUCAACGAGAACCGCAUCCGCAGCGUGCAGUACGCCUCGCUGAGCCGCUUCGGCAACCUCACGUACCUCAACCUCACCAAGAACGAGAUCGCCUACAUCGAGGACGGCGCCUUCUCGGGCCAGUUCAACCUGCAGGUGCUGCAGCUGGGCUACAACCGGCUCCGCAACCUGACGGAGGGCGUGCUGCGCGGGCUGAGCAAGCUGGAGUACCUGUACCUGCAGGCUAACCUCAUCGAGGUGGUCACGCGCAGCGCCUUCUGGGAGUGCCCCAACAUCGUCAACGUCGACCUGUCCAUGAACCGCAUCCAGCGGCUGCACGGCGCCACCUUCGCGGGCCUGGCCAAGCUGUCCGUGUGCGAGCUCUACAGCAACCCGUUCUACUGCUCCUGCGAGCUCCUGGGCUUCCUGCGCUGGCUGGCGGCCUUCACCAACGCCACGCACGCCUACGACCGCAUGCAGUGCGAGUCGCCGCCGCUCUACUCCGGCUACUUCCUCCUGGGCCGGGGCCGCCACGGCCAGCGCAGCAUCCUCAGCAAGCUGCAGUCCGUGUGCACCGACAGCUCCCACGUGGCCGAGCCGCCCCCGGCGCCAGGACGCCUGCCCCCCGGCCGCUCGCCGCCCCCGCCGACCCCGCCGCCGGAGCCCAGCGAGGCCCCGUGUGCCGACGAGGAGUGCUUCUCGGGCGACGGCACCACGCCGCUGGUGGCCCUGCCCACGCUGGCCCCCCAGGCCGAGGCGCGGCCCCUCCUGAAGGUCAAGCAGCUGACCCAGAACUCGGCCACCAUCACGGUGCAGCUGCCCAGCCCGUUCACCCGCAUGUACACGCUGGAGCACUUCAACAACAGCCGCUCGUCCACCGUGUCCCGGCUGACCAAGCCCCAGGAGGAGAUCCGCCUGACCAACCUGUACACGCUCGCUAACUACACCUACUGCGUGGUGUCCACCAGCUCUGGGCUGCGUCACAACCACACCUGCCUCACCAUCGGCCUGCCCAGGCCGCCCAGCCCGCCGGGCCCCGUGCCCAGCCCGCCCACGGCCACCCACUACAUCAUGACCGUCCUGGGCUGUCUGUUCGGCAUGCUGCUGGUGCUCGGCGCCGUCUACUGCUGUCUGCGCAGGCGGAGGCGCCAGGAGGAGAAGCGCAAGAAGGCGGCCGCGGCCAGCAGCCUCAAGAAGACCAUCAUCGAGCUCAAGUACGGGCCCGAGCUGGAGGCCCCCGGCCUGGCCCCGCUGUCCCAGGGCCCGCUGCUGGGGCCCGAGGCGGUGACCCGCAUCCCGUACCUGCCGGCGCCCGCCAGCGAGGUAGAGCAGUACAAGCUGGGGGAGAGCGGCGGGACCCCCAAGGCCAGCAAGGGCAACUACAUGGAGGUCCGCACGGGCGAGCAGAUGGAGCACAGGGACUGCGAGCUGGGCCGGCCCGGCCCCGACAGCCAGAGCUCCGUGGCCGAAAUCUCCACCAUCGCCAAGGAGGUGGACAAGGUCAACCAGAUCAUCAACAACUGCAUCGACGCGCUCAAGUCCGAGGCCACCUCCUUCCAGGGCGGCAAGUCCGGGGCCGUGUCCACGGCCGAGCCGCAGCUGGUGCUGCUGUCGGAGCCACUGGCCGGCAAGCACGGCUUCCUGGCCCCCGUCUACAAGGACGCCUUCGGCCACGGCCUGCAGCGGCACCACAGUGUGGAGGCGGCCGCCGGGCCGCCGCGUGCCAGCACCUCGUCCAGCGGCUCCGCGCGCAGCCCGCGGGCCUUCCGCGCCGAGGCCGCCGGCGGUGCGCAUAAGGCUGCGGCCGCCGAGGCCAAGUACAUUGAGAAGAGCUCCCCGGCCCCCGACGCCAUCCUCACUGUGACGCCCGCGGCCGCCGUGCUGCGGGCCGAGGCCGAGAAGGGCCGCCACUAUGGCGAGCACCGGCACUCGUAUCCCGGCUCCCACGCCGCCGAGCCGCCCGCGCCGCCCGCGCCCCCGCCCCACGAUAGCCUGGGUGGCCGCAAGGCGUCCAUCCUGGAGCCGCUGACCCGGCCGCGGCCCCGCGACCUGGCCUACUCGCAGCUGUCCCCGCAGUACCACAACCUGAGCUACUCCUCCAGCCCCGAGUACACCUGCAGGGCCUCCCAGAGCAUCUGGGAGCGCUUCAGACUGAGCCGCCGGCGGCACAAGGACGACGAGCAGUUCAUGGCGGCCGGCCACGCCCUGCGCAAGAAGGUUCAGUUCGCCAAAGACGAGGACCUCCACGACAUCCUGGACUACUGGAAGGGCGUGUCGGCCCAGCACAAGUCCUGAGCCCGCGGCCGGCGCCCGCCCCGCACCUUCCCCGGGACCAAAAAAGGACACAAGACCCACUGCAGCUAUUCGUAACCCAGAGACUCCCACGCAACGCACCACACACGUGCACAUGUAGACGCGCGCACACGCAUACACACGUGCACGGAGACCCACGCUCACACAUGCGCACACGGACACGCACACAUGCACACGCAUACACACGUGCACAGAGAGACGCACACACAUACGUGCAGAGACACAGACACGCUCACCAUGGAGACAGACGCGCACACGCACGGAGACCCACGCUCACACAUGCGCACACGGAUACGCACACAUACACACGUGCACAUAAAGAUGCACACACAUGGAGACACAGACACGCUCACACACGGAGACAGACGCGCACACACAUGCAGAGACAGACACACGUGCACGGAGACCCACGCUCACAUGCGCACACGGACACGCUCACACACGGAGACAGACGCGCACACGCAUACAUGUGUGCACACACAUGCAUGUGCACACAGACACGCUCACACACGGAGACAGACACGCACACACGCAUGCACAUGCAGAGACAGACACGCUCACACACGGAGACAGACGCACACACGCACACACAUGCAGAGAGACACGCUCACACACGUGCACGGAGACCCACGCUCACACAUGCGCACACGGACACACAUGGAGACAGACGCAUACAUGCGUGCACACAGACGCUCACACACGGAGACAGACGCGCACACACAUGCACAUAUGCACACAUGCAGAGACAUGCUCACACACGUGCACGGAGACCCACGCUCACAUGUGCACACGGAGACACGCACACACGCAUACAUGCGUGCACACACAUGCAUGUGCACACAGACGCUCACACACGGAGACAGACGCGCACACAUGCACAUACACACGCACAUGCAGAGACACGCUCACACACAGACAUGCACACGCACACACAUGCAAAGACAUGCUCAUACACGUGCACGGAGACCCACGCUCACACAUGGAGACAGACGCACACACACGCAUACAUGCGUGCACACAUGCGUGUGCACACAAACACGCACACGGCUGGUGUGGAAGCCUGGGGCCCACAGAGUGCGGGGAGGGGGUGCUGCCGCUCACAACAGGAUGAGCCGCAGCCUCCACACACACACUGUGCACGCGCACACGCACACACACAAGGGACUUGAGAAAACUGUGUCUGGGGGUGGGGGUUGGGGAGGGGACUUUUUUUUCAUUAUCUUUCCUCUUUGAUUCUUCUCUGCCUUCUUGAUCUUCCUGUCUUUUAUUUUUUCAUUUUUUAAAGAAAAAAAUAAUAAAAGUAAAGCUCUCUUAAAGACAUAAAACAAACACCAGACACGGGGGGCACAGCCUGCGUGGCCACCCGGCUCCUCCCACGAUCGUCCUGGUUUGCUGUGGAUUCUCCCCUCUGUCCAUCUCUUUGCUGCCAACUCCAGAGGCCACCAAAGAGGGGACAGAGCGAGUGAGGUGGCCGGGUGGCCUCCAGGACCCACCCAGAGCCCUGCGAGGGGCGAGGGGCGCAGGGAGGGCUGUGCCUGGGGUGGCUGGAAGGGUCGCGGGCUGGGCGUGUGUGCUCUGUCCCCGUCCCCACCUUACGCUGUCAUCGUCCCGUUGUACAGAAAAAUAUUUCUAUAUUUGCAAUGUUCGCUGUAAAACGAGAGAGACUGUGUCUACUAAAAAAAAAAAAAAAAAAUCUGCAAAGGGAAAAACCCAAA